AUGGCGGGUGGAAAUGAGGUUGAGCUCGAGCGUACAGAACGCGCGGUAGAGCGCGCCAAGACUAGGCGGACGAGUGUGAUAAACCAGAUUAAGACUGUGCAUAAUUUUGCACUGCGGCUUGAGGCGGAGCCUGCGCUAGGUCCGACUGUGACAAAUUUAGCCGGUGAUUUAGAUGCGCUAUGGAUACAGCUUAGGGCUGAGGAUGAUGCCGUGUUGGACGGCCUGUGUGAGCUCGGUAAACUUUCCGAGUAUGAUGAUGGGUUACUGGCCGAGGUGCGGACUUGUGUGAGUUAUUGCAAAGUCGCGGCGGAGAAGUUAGCCCCAAAGGGAGCUGAGAUUAUCGAUUUGUCGUACCUUAAGGAUAAGUUAGGGUCUACCGGUCAAUCAGCGCCAAACCCCGUGCUCGCGUGCACAACACCGCCGACACGGUUACCUGAGAUUCCGCUCCCGGAGUUCAACGGGGAUUUCCGAUUGUGGCCAACGUUUCGCGAUAGAUUUACGGAACAGGUUGAUUCGCGUGAUAUUUCAAACAACGAUAAAAUGUAUUAUCUUUUAGGCUGUCUCAAGGGCGACGCGGCCGACGCAUUACGUGGUAUUCCCGUGUCCGCAAAUAAUUAUGUGCUCGCAUGGUCAGUGUUAUCCGAGCGGUUUUAUCGACCGCGAUUAGUUGCUACGUCAUUAAUAGAUAAGUUGUUAAACUCUCCAGUUAUGUCGCAGGAAUCGUUAUCGGACCUUAAUAAUUUUAUAAGUACGUUUAACGAAAAUAUUUCGCUACUCGAAGCGCUCAAUGUACCGAAUAUGGGGUCUUUUAUCUUAUUCACGCUCGCGUUCAGACGUCUGCCUGUCGCUACGCGUAAGUUAUUCGAGUCGGGCAGCAAGGCGGAGUUUCCGUCAAUUGGCGAGUUAUUAAAAUUUGUUCGCACGCGUGUAUCUAUAUUGGAGCUUGUCACUGACCCGCAGAAGGUUGGUACCGCGGCUGUGCCAGCGUCUAAGGCGGGCAAGCCGUCAGGUACAGCGCGCAAGACGGGAGACUACGGCGGGAAAUCGAACGGUCCCCGGCCGAUGUCGUUCGUAACGGCAAAGGGGGACGCGAGUUGUCCGUGUUGUGCCGACUCACAUUCGCUAGGCGUUUGUACACGUUUCAAAUCUUGGUCGGCAAAAGGUCGUACCAAAUGGGCCCGUGAGAAUCGGGUGUGCUUUAAUUGUUUAAAUGUAGGUCAUUGGAUUCAGACAUGUAGGUCGCGACCUAAUUGUAAGGAAUGUUCGCGUAAGCAUCACACGCUUCUCCACUUGUCACCCGACGAGAUGCAGGGUGGGGAGGAACCACCACCGGUCGAACCGGCGGUGUGUGCGUCUGUUGUGAAUCCCCCGUCCCUCCACCGGUCGUCCGCUGUUGUUUUAGGUACCGCGCUCGUGCAUGUGCGAGAUAACACCGGCUCGGUGAAAACACUGCGGGCGUUGGUAGACAGCGCGUCGCAGGUCAGCGCCGUUACCGCCGUGUGCGUGAAACGUUUGGGUCUAAAAAUGUCGCGGUGGACUGCACCGAUAAGCGGGUUGUCGGGGACAACAGUCGCUGAAGUUCAAGGUCAGGUUGAGUGCAUAGUGCAGCCGCGUUUCGCGUCUGAUCCGAUUCUGCCGGUGCAGGCAUGGGUGUUACCAACCAUUACGAGCGAUUUACCUCAAAAGUCAUUAUCAAUAGAUAUUAAGAAUCGAUAUUCUUAUCCAUCCUUUCAUUUGACGUCGCCGAUCGACUUGUUGUUAGGAGGGGACGUGUAUGGUUCUAUCAUGGACGGGCGUAAGGUGUCGAUCGACAGUACAUUACCUACUGCUUUUAGUUCGGUGUUCGGCUGGAUCCUUAUCGGUCCGGUUCCCGAUCGCGCAAAUUGUUAUUAUCAUUCGUUGCCGGUGUCAAUGACCGCGUCGAUAGAGGGGAUCAUGGAGCGCUUUUGGCACGUCGAGGAGCCCGAGGACGCGCCCGUUACGUUUACCGAGGAAGGGUGCUGCGAACAGAUAUUCCGCGACGAAGCUACGCGUUUGACAUCAGGUCGCUUCGCGGUUCCAUUACCAUUUCGCGCGCCGGCAGAGACGUUCGUUGGGUCUCGCGAGGUAGCUACACGGCGUUUUGACGCUAUCGAGCGUAAACUGUCCGUGAGCCCCGUAUUAAAAUCAUUAUACGUUAAUUUUAUGUCCGAAUAUAUCGCAUUAGGACACAUGUCAGUGGCGACUUCCCCGGGGCGAUAUAUAAUCCCCCACCAUGCUGUUUACCGUCCGGAAGUCGAUCCUAAUAAAAUUCGUGUAGUAUCAUGA